AUGGGCAACUCGCCCAGCAAAGUCAAGAUCACGUCCCAGGACAGGUCCAUACUCGAGUCAGUCUCGCCAAGGAACCCGCAGAGUCUACUGAGCGGCCCGGGAUUUCCGUGUAUGGGGCAGUUGAGCUUAUCUCUCGGGUGAACGACUCCUUUCUUCGACUCGCUCGCCUACAGCCUCAAAUUGCAAAGGGAUAAACUGAGGCAGUUCCAACAACGGGUAAGCUAGUGUUGACCUCGAUCGAGAUCAUCCAACUCCAACUGCCCCACUCUGACCCUCUCUCUCCCAUCACCAUCACCCAGAUCCAAGUCGUCCUCCUGCGCGAAUCCGAAAUCGCCUCUCUCGCUCUCCAACGAGGCAACAGAUCCCGUGCGCUCAUCGCCCUUCGACAAAAAAAGUAUCAACAGUCCUUGUUGACCCAAACGGACCAACAAUUGGAAACGCUACAAAAAUUGGUUAGACUCCUUCUUUAUUCUGGCUCGGAUUGGAGCUUGUGGGAGGUAUUGUGUGCUCAUGCGUUGAUGUUCAACUUUCCUUUGGGGUUUUUUUUUUUCGUUUCUCCAGGUUCAAUCGAUUGAAUUCUCCUUGGUGGAACAACAAGUCCUUUUCGGUUUACAGCAAGGGAACGAAGUGUUGAAACAACUCAACCGAGAAAUGGACCUCAACAAGGUCGAGCGAUUGAUGUCGGAUACAGCGGAAGCGAUCGCUUAUCAAGAAGUAAGCGCGUUCGCGCGCCCCAGCGUUCUAAACACGCGGGGGAAUUUGUGUCCGAGUGGCCUUCGAAGCAGAACUGACUUCUUGUACUGCUGGUUUUGGUACGAUUUUGGGUGGGUGAUCAAAUAGGAGGUCAGCCAGAUCUUGUCGAGCAAGAUCACGGCCGACGAAGAGGACGAGGUUUUGGCCGAACUCGAAGCGUUACAAGCCGAACAAGUACACCUUUUUGUUCUUCUCAAAGAAAGCCUCUACUUUGAAUCUCAUCAACUCACACGCUUCCCUCCCUUACCCAGAUACGUCAAAAAGUCAACCUCCCCAACGUACCUACAACUAUUCCACCCGAACCAACUCGGGUCCACGUCGAUCCGACCACAGAGGAAGAGGAACCCGAACCGGAAGCGGAACGGCAGAAAGAACGCCGUCAAGCCAUGCUGGCUUGA